CAAGAUAGUAAGGCAAUCAGCUUUCGAUCAUAGUCAAUGGUCAUACGGAUCAAAGAUCGCGCAUGCUAUCUGUAAGAAGAAAGAAAUUUUGAUUGCAAUGAAAGCGAAGGGAAGUUCGGAUUUACAUUAGAUGUGUGAAUGUCCGGAUUAGAACUAGUAGCUAGGGACAGUGCGUCUCAAAUCGAGAAAAAUGCCGAAGCUGCUGCUAACUACUUUUCUGAAGUUUAUAACAGAGAUGACGAUGAGAGAAACUGGUCUUUCUCAUACCUUAAGGAGCAACUUCUUUUCAAAGAAUCUCAGCAACUUUUCAGGAGAUACCAAGACCGGGUGCAACAUGCUCUUUUCCUGGAACUUCUGGUCUUUAAUCUGGUGUACAAUGCACUUUCCUUCCUAGCAUUCACGUUCCUUCCAUCUCAGGAGGAGCUUUCAGAAGUUUCCCGUGGAACAGUACAAACUGGACAAUGGUGUAGGAGUACAAUCUUAAUAGUACAGUUUUGCAUCUUUGUGGCUGCGUACAAAGAGAGUUUGUUCCGAAAUCCAGCUUCUAAAAUAGUAGUUGCGUGUAUUGUUCUUUUCUGCAUGAGCUUAGGAGAAAUGGCAACUACUAUUUACAGAUUAUAUGCAGGCCACCCAGAAUCCUUGAUAAGACAUACUUAUUAUGUCGUACUGACAACGGGCGUCUUACUACCAUUUCCUCGGAAGUUGUACAGUGGAAUAUUAGCCGCAGCAGUCAUUGCGGUGGACCUCAUGCUAUCCAGUCUUAGCUCCUCGCAUAAAGAGAAUAUAAUUACUGUGUUGUGUGCUGAUGCUGUGUUUUACGCCACGACUCUUUCUGUUGGCUUAUUCAUUCGAUACCUCAUCGAAAUCAUGAGCAGAAGAGCAUUUUUAGAUAGAAGGGAAUGCAUUGAAUCAAGAAUUAAAAUCGAAACUGAAAAGAAUCAGCAGGAAAAGUUCUUGCAAAGUAUUUUGCCCCAUCAUAUAGCAAGCGAGGUGCGUGAGGACAUCCGAAAGGUGAUCAAAAACAUGAAUCGACUACAUAUGACUCAUAAACCAUUUAACAAACUCUAUGUGGAAAAGCAUAAGGAUGUUAGCGUAUUAUAUGCUGAUAUCGUGAAUUCUAUGCUUUUGGGUGCAAGCCUUAAGGUAUCUGAUUUGGUAGAAACUCUGAACGACCUUUUUGGACGGUUCGAUUAUUCUGCAGAAAACAAUGGCUGUAUGAGAAUCAAGUUGCUUGGCGACUGUUACUAUUGUGUCAGUGGAGUACCAUACAGAAACCCUAGGCAUGCGGAUAAUUGCGUAGUGACCGGCCUUGAAAUGAUCGAUAUAAUUAGAAGUGUUCGUGAAAAACGUUGCAUCAAUGUAGAUAUGAGGAUUGGUAUUCAUACAGGUAAUAUAUUUGGAGGCUUGCUGGGACUCCGAAAAUGGCAGUUCGAUAUCUGGUCUAAAGACGUUACUAUUGCGAGUCACAUGGAACAAGCAGGUGUACCAGGCCAGGUUCAUAUUACGAAGAAGACGAGAAUUAAUUUAUUGGACGAUGGGUACGACAUCAGACCAGGAAAUGGGCACUUACGAGAUCCAUAUUUGCAGAAAGAGCAGAUUGAGACAUUCCUCAUAAGACCCUUCAAUACAGGAAAGGAGACCAGUGGAUCACAUCUUUCUACACCUAAAGCUGACAAAUACAGUAAUGGAAUUUACUUACAAAGGCAAACCUCAGUGACGAACGUCAGAUCCAAUAUUCAAAGAUUGUCCAGUAGGCAAUCAAGCAGCGAGACGAUUUUACCAAUGUCCAGAAGAGGAGCUCUUGGUUACAGCCUCCUUCGAUACCGCAAGAUGGUGAGUCAAGUGAAUAAAAUUUUAGAGAACACCAUUGACAAGAUGGCUCUCAGCAAACGAGACCAGUGGUUCUCCAGAAUUGGCAUUCAGCCACUUUUACUCACAUUUCGAGAACCUGGAACUGAAAAACCUUAUCUUAACCAGCCAGAUCCUUUGUUUAAAUAUUAUUUGCUGUGCAUGCUAUUUAUCUUUGGAGGCAUAACCGUCAUACAUCUGCUCAUCAUGUCCGAAACCGUGGAAUUCUGGGUCACUUACGGUGUCGCUUUACUGCUGAUACUUGCAGCCUGCAUUCCGUCAUGGACCGGUUACAUCUGGCUAUGCUUGAAGAAAGAUGAUACCGAUCCUGUUCUGAAUUCUACUGCUCUGAAGAUAUCCAGAAAGGUGUGGAAAACAACCUCCGUGCGAGUAGCUAUAUGGCUAGCGAUCUCUAGUACUAUACUGUUUUGUUCAAUAGCAGGACUGAAUGAAUGCCUGGACGAAGGCAUCUUCCAGAUUUCUAAACACCAUAACGCUUCCAUGAACGAAACCAGUAAAAUCACACACCACGACCUGAGCUGCCAGUAUCCAUGGUUUUACACACUUUGUGCUGCUCUUGCCAUGACAACUACGUCUGUUUUCUUACGAAUUCAUUUCUUGAUGAAGCUUACAUUAAAUAGCAUAUCACUGGCUGCCUUCUGGUACAUUAUGGAUAUUCGAGGGGAAGAAGUCUUUCGGCAACGGACCGCAAAGCUCGCUGAUUGGUCAGUGGAAGAAUUUGGCCUUCCGGCUGAUCGCAGUCAUUGUUAUUAUCUUACUUUUGUCCUGCUCAUCUUGCACGUUUUGGACAGACAGGUUGAAUAUGUGUGCCGCCUGGAUUAUCUCAUGAAGGUGAAGCUAAAAGCGGAGCAAGAGGAAGCUCGAACAAUGGAACUCGUCAACCGCAUGUUGCUUUUCAACAUUUUGCCGCCGCAUGUAUCACAAUAUUAUCUUAGCAAGCAGCUUGAGGAAGAAAACUCACGAGUCGAGCUGUCCUAUCAUGAAAAUCACUCUGCUGUUGCAGUGUUGUUUGCAUCCAUUCCAAACUUUGCUGAUUUUUACUACGAGGAUGGAGAAAACGAGGAAGGAUUACGUUGCAUUCAACUCCUGAAUGAAAUUAUAUGCGAUUUCGAUCUCUUAUUAUAUGAGAGAGGAUUUCAUUCAGUAGAAAAAAUCAAGACAAUAGGUAGCACUUAUAUGGCUGCUUGUGGGCUUCGGAGCCAGGAAAAGGGAUCUCUGUUUACGGAAGAAAAUCCCACACAGAAUGUAGUAACACUCGUCAAGUUCUCGGUUGCUAUGAUGUCUUCUUUGCAACAACUAAACAAAGAUGCUAUGCAAGAUUUUCAACUUAGAGUAGGAAUUUCAGUGGGGCCAGUUAUGGCAGGAGUUGUAGGCACAGUGAAACCACAAUAUGACAUUUGGGGAGAUACUGUAAAUGUUGCUAGUAGGAUGGAUACCACAGGCAUUCCAGGAAGAAUUCAAGUCGUUCAAGAAGUUGCCGAUUUGAUAACAGCUUCAGACUGUCCCUAUAAGUGUGAAUGUCGAGGGGAUAUUUUCGUCAAAGGCAAAGGUAAACUGAAAACGUAUUUAGUUCAGACACCCUAUGAUGAGCCCAAUAUCCAAGACACGCAGCUGUAAAGAGCAUCGAUCACUAGUUUCUCUUUUCUCCACCAACUGAACUUCAUUAAGAGGAUUUCAUUUACAGAUCACAUCAUGACAUGGGAACAUGUGAAUUUUAUUCAAUAUCAGCAGCAUAAAAGAAACUUAUGACAAAGUCAGAAAGCAAUUGAUAUGAAAAUAUCUAAACUGCAUCUAGACAUGCAUUUAUUUUCAUUAUGCACUUUAAAUACCAUGAAACUUGAUAUACUUUCUUAAAAUAUGUAAAUUGAGAAAUAAUAAGAAAAAACCUAAAAUCAAGCAGUCAGUCAUUAACGUUUUUAAGUGUCAUAUAAUCAUCAGUCAUAAUCUUAAAAUUAAUGAAAAAAAAACUGGAAAAAAAUGCACGUGGAAAGCUAUUGAAACAAAGAUAGCUCCAAACAAGAAAUGUUUUGAUAUCGCAUCUCAUUUUAUUUCACAAAGUAAUUUUUUUUAUUAAUAACAUGAGAAAAGUACUGAAAAACUAUCUCCUAAAAAUUUAAAAUAUACUUCAUUAUGCAUUUUCCUUCUGAGUUAAGAUUCUUGAAAGUUCAUUCACCUAAACACAAAAAUUCUGAAAAUUGAUGCGUUUUUAAAUAUAUGAGCAGCUUUUCAUUACAAAAAUCGGAUAAUCAUAAAGAAUUUCAAUGAAGAAUUAAAAUUUUUAUGAUAAAACUGUUAAUUAAGGAGAUUUAGACUGCCCACCUGGCCAUGAAGUAGCACUAUGACCCAUGAUUCGGUCAUCCCGAGCUUCAACAAAAUAACCGAUUAGCUGAGCUAUUUCUUUUUCCAAAAAGCAUCAUUAUCGAAAAUUGUAUUGAAUGACUGAAUUCAGUAUAUUGUUUCGCCUGCCAGCUAACAAACCACAUCUUCAUUUUCAGCAAGUGUUUGUAUAUGUGGAGGGGAGGGGGGGAGAACGAGCAUCUUAUUAGUUACAGUAAAUGAAACCCGAUAACCAAUGUUUGUUGAAAUGGAAUGUUACGCAGACUGGUUUUCAUUUGUUGGCAGUUGCAGAGAAGAGAGGAAGAAUUAGACCUCGACUAACUUAAGUUCAGCUACCAUUGCGAAUUGCACUCCUUCUGAUUUCAUCCAGCUUAUUAUUUUAUUAAGUCUAUUAUUAUUGUUAUCUUAUCAAAAAUAAACUUUUAGUAAAACAUUGCA